UAUUCUCAUUUAUUUAUAUCAUGUCUUGUGAGAGAUCCGAUCAAUCCACUCAAUCAUUAAAUCUUUACUUUUUCGCUUUCAAUUUUCUCUGUUAAUACUUGCUUUGUUAUAAUUUUUCCUAAUUAGAAAGAUCUCGGUGCCUAGUAACCUUAUUGUAAAUUGGAAAAAGAAAUCCUUCUCCUCCUCCUUCCAACUCACGAUUCUCUUACUGAUUCUCCUUUUCUCUUCCUGUAUAGGAAGCAAAGCCCCUGUACUGUUCGAUAAAAUGUUUGAACCAGAACUUUUACAAGGAUCCUUCCGUGGUGAUAUAUUUUGUUCCUGCUGCUGUAACCAAUGCUUCUACGUCCCUUCCGUUAAAUCGAAGCUGUUUUGAGAUACAAUAUCAAACGAGUUAGAUGAAGAAUUCUCUUGAAUUAGAAACAUUGCCCACCAAAAAGUCAUAUGAAUCAGUUGUUCUUGGUGGAACUUUUGAUAGAUUACAUGGAGGGCACCAUCUCUUACUCAAGACAUCAGCUGCAUUAGCCACUAAACGUCUUGUGGUUGGCGUUUGUGAUGGACCAAUGUUAAGUAAGAAACAGUUUGCAAAUCUGAUUGAACCGAUCGAGGUAAGGGUGCGUAAUGUCAAGGACUACAUCAAGUCUAUUAAACCUGAGCUGAUAGUUCAAGUUGAACCAAUUACAGAUUGUUACGGGCCUUCGAUCACAGAUGAAAAUUUGGAUGCCAUCGUAGUCAGUAAAGAGACGUUACCAGGUGGAUUAUCGGUUAACGAGAAGAGAGCUGAGAAAGGUCUACCGCAGUUGAAGUUGGAAGUAGUGGAUUUACUCUCCGAAGAAUCUACAGGUGAAAAGUUAAGUUCCACGUUGUUAAGAAAGCUUGAGGCUGAGAAGGCUAAACAACAACCGUAGCCUACAAAUUAAAGACUGUGAUUAUGCGCGAGCAGCAGCUUAUUAGAAGGUGUCCACUGAGCGUUGGAGAUUCACAUUGACAACAUGAUUUUAUUCUUGCUGGUGUGUCACAAAAAAGGUUAGAUUUCUUAACAUGAGCCACAUUGAUGGUUAGAGUUAUUUGUUUCUUUGGAAGCACAUAAUAAUACUAGCAAUGACUUUUUGAAUAACAUUAUAUUCUCAUUGUUCUGGGAUUUGCAAAUUCAAGGAAUGACUUUCUAGUUCCAUGUAUUUUCUUAACAACAUCUUUCAUCACCAUCCCCUCACUUGGUGAAGUGAGGUGACGUAGGACAUGAUAUACAGAUUCUAAUAACAUUAUUCAAGAUUUUCUUACUACGUAUAUUGCUUCCCUAUUCUCAUUGUUCAUUAGAACUAUUCUUAUCAUCCCUUCUCUUUGAAAAUGAGCCUGGUGAUCCUCUCCAAUAGCUGACAGUUCUGAAAUUAAGAGUGGGCCUCCGAUGUCCACAAUUAGUCCUGGCACAGACAUUGUAACACCCUCGUGAUGGUUUAGACCGUCUCUGAAUAAUUCAUCUGUAGGUCUUUUGUAACUCCAACAAGAGUCUGCUGUAACGGUACACAUCCCUAUAUGUAGAAACUCGUUUACCCAUACCAUACUCUGAAAGUUCAAAUGUUUACUUUAGGGCUACUUUACUGAAAGAAACUUGAGCAUAGAAAUAUUAUACUAAAGCCGAAGCUAUACCUGGAGGAAUAUAGGCAAUAGAUCCCUGUAGCCGAACUGAUAUGGAGGAACCAUGCUAAGCUCAAAUUACCCACGUGGGCAGUCGUAUUGUGCUCAAGAAGUAAGUUAAAUGGAUUUAGAUCACAGUGAGCAAUAGGUAUUUUACAAUCUUGAUGAAGAUACUCCAAUGCAUAAGCGACAUCAAUGGCUAUAUUUUAUGCUGGUUAGUUUAAUCAUGGAUGUCUGCUUAUGGCCUGCGCAGUUGGUGGCACACGAGUUUUAUCAUGAUCCUCGCAUUAUAA